AGAAAAGCCAUAAUAUAGGCGUGGUAUAUUUUGAUUCGGAUUCAAAGCUGUCACUCUCCAUAAUAGGAUAAAAUCAUUACUUCCAUUCGAAAUCGAAACUAUAAAAGUUCAGAAUUCGGAAUGGCCUCAGCUUCAAGCACAAGUGCUAGGAGUUUAUUCGCCGAGUCGAAGAGUCGUCUUGCAGACCGGGUGCAAGUGAACGUGAACAACAUUGCGUCGGUGGCGCGCCAGAUUAGCAGAGGCUCCAGGGCCAGCGAGGCCGUGGUGCACAGCGCCAAAGCGUUCUGUCAGCAGGAGCAGGCCGUGGCCAACUCUGAAGACAACCUCAAGAAGAUGACUUUGGCUGUGGCCCACUUGGGAUACCAGUACGAGGCCAUUAACAAGAAUUGCAUGCUCCUCGAAGACGUCAAGGAGCAAGUGCGUGCAAUGCAAAGAUGAGACAUUUUACCUUUCCAACCGCAAAGAGUUGAGCAACCAGAGUGACUCAAGUUUUGUGUUUGUGGUUAGAAAAAAAGACAGUCUUCUAGAAGCGAAUCCUGUGAUGCUUUUCAACUAUGGUUUUUUUAUCUGAAUAAAUUUAUUAUCAGUUACUUUGUUUGAUAUUACGUUGCA